CAACGAAGUGCCAAUGCCGGGAUAUGUGUAUAGGAACAAAGUCCUCGUGGCAACACCUGUGAUUGCAGUAGCAACAGGUUUUACCAUAAUCGUCUGUCUCAUUUUGAUUUGUGGUAGAGUAGCACCCAAGGAAGGCAAAGAAGGAAAGCCAAGAGGCUUUUUCUCAAGUGUCCUGAAUAAGAGGCGUUCACAGGGCAGCAAGAUGGAGGCGGGCGGUUUCUGGAGCAGGUUGAAGAGCAUAUUUGGGACUUCCAAAGCCGUGUCUCAGAGAAGUGAGACACAGGUGCUGCACGAGAAGGACUCCUCUGACGAGGACGAGCCUUUGGACCAAAUGGAGAAGGGAGAAGGCUCCAUCUCUACAGGCAGGACCACUUCGUUGGUAGACACCACCACUGAGUGAGCGAGC